AUGGAUAACAACCCCCUCAACAACCACGAAGACAUCACUAUGCAUGAACAUGCAGAAGAAUCUAUCCAAGAAAAAGAUGUGCAGGACGGAACUUUGGUUCUCGUGAAUGAACUACUGGAGUCCGUUACGACGGGUAUGCGGCAAGAUAUCCUCGAAACCGCGAUUACCGUUCUACGAGAGGCCAUCCGCGAAGCUGACGGCGAUAACGACAGAAAGGCGAAGGCUGAACUUGCCCUGAUUAAAGCGCUUAUAACCCGUUUUGCUUACCAUGGAUGGGUGGACGAUCUGGACGAAGGAACGAGGUUGUUGGCAGAUAACGCGGGCAUCGAGUCCAUUUUCAUCCUUGAAUUACAGAUGAUGGGUCCCGAGGGAGAUCACUGCCCUGAAAUUGUCACCUUAUCCCUCAACCUUCUUCAUGAAUAUCGACAAUCCGUCGACAAGUCCAGCCUGGAUACUGCAAUCUUUGUUGCUACUGAAGCCAUUGCUUCGCAUGAUGGCAAUGGCAACCAACGAGCGCAGUUGUCGCUUCGUGCUGGGAAUGCACUGAUGCUGAAGUACCUAGCCUGUGGCGGCGAGGACGAUUUGUCUUCGGCCAGGGCGUUGUUUCAUGACGCCAAGGAAGCGUUCGGAACAGGUGAUCCCAUGCUUCAUGUUGCCCUUGUCCACCUACGACACGUCGGGUUUGUCAACUUCCUGGAAUGCGGACCUGAGCAACGGGUAAUUGGGCUGCAAGAAAUGGCACAGUAUCAUCAAGCCGCUCAGGCCGAAGAUCAAGAAGGACAGGACGCGUACGUACUGGGUUCCCAGCUGAUGCAAGGAGACAAACUCGGAAUCGAUGAAUCCAUCUUGCAAUUUCGUCGCUCACUUUCCCUCCGGCCUCCACAGCAUCCAAGGCGACACGACACACUUGCGCAUUAUGCUCUUGCGUUGGGCAACCGGUUCGGCUGCGCUGGUCGGAUCAAAGAUCUGGAGCAGAGUGUCACUCUUCAUAGAGAAGCGCUCACUCUCCGUCCUCAAGGCCAUCCCGACCGCGCCAGCUCGCUGAACAACCUCGCCAACGCCCUCUCCACUCGCUUUGGCAUCAAAGGCGACUUCCAGGACCUCGACCAGUGCAUUGCGUUCCACGGGGAAGCGCUCGAUCUCUGUCCUCAAGGGCAUCCAGACCGUGCCAGCUCGCUUAACAACCUCGCCAGCGCCCUCUCCACUCGCUUUGGCAUCAAAGGCGACUUCCAGGACCUCGACCAGUGCAUUGCGUUCCACAAGGAAGCGCUCGCUCUCCGUCCUCGAGGGCAUCCAGACCGUGCCAGCUCGCUUAACAACCUCGCCAACGCCCUCUCCACCCGCUUCGACAACAAAGGCGACUUCCAGGACCUUGACCAGUGCAUUGCGUUCCACCAGGAAGCCCUGUCUCUCUUUCCUCACGGCCAUCCAGACCGUGCCAGCUCGCUUAACAACCUCGCCAACGCCCUCUCCACCCGCUUCGGCACCAAAGGCGACUUCCAGGACCUCGACCAGUGCAUUGCGUUCCACGGGGAAGCGCUCGAUCUCCGUCCUCAAGGGCAUCCCCACCGCUCCGGGUCGCUCAGCAACCUGGCAACCGCUCUCUCCACUCGCUUCGGCACCAAAGGCGACUUCCAGGACCUCGACCAGUGCAUUGCGCUCCACAAGGAAGCGCUCGCUCUCCGUCCUCAGGGCCAUCCAGACCGCGCCAGCUCGCUCAACAACCUCGCGAAUGCCCUCUCCACUCGCUUCGGCACCAAAGGCGACUUCCAGGACCUCGACCAGUGCAUUGCAUUCCACAAGGAAGCGCUCGCUCUCCGUCCUCAAGGCCAUCCAGACCGCGCCAGCUCGCUCAACAACCUCGCAGGAGCCCUCUCCACUCGCUUCUCCAACAAAGGCGACUUCCAGGACCUCGACCAGUGCAUUGCAUUCCACAAGGAAGCGCUCGCUCUCCGUCCUCAAGGCCAUCCAGACCGCGCCAGCUCGCUCAACAACCUGGCAACCGCUCUCUCCACUCGCUUCGGCACCAAAGGCGACUUGCAGGACCUCGACCAGUGCAUUGCGUUCCACAAGGAAGCGCUGUCUCUCUUUCCUCAAGGGCAUCCCCACCGCUCCGGGUCGCUCAACAACCUGGCAACCGCUCUCUCCACUCGCUUCGGCACCAAAGGCGACUUCCAGGACCUCGACCAGUGCAUUGCGCUCCACAAGGAAGCGCUCGCUCUCCGUCCUCAAGGGCAUCCAGACCGCGCCAGCUCGCUCAACAAUUUGGCGGCGGCCCUUUUUAAACGUUUCCUGAGCGACAGGAACUCAGAAGCCCUCAAGGCAUGUAUAGUGCAUGGGCGAGAGUAUCUGGCGAUCCUUUCCCACCCUCAUACCUCUCCCGAAGACCAACAUGAUUCUACCCGCACCAUGUGGAAUCACCCAGAUGGAUUGCAGGCUGUCAUUCACCUCGUGCAGUUUCUCAAAGAGCAGUACAAAGUUUGCAGCGACGACAAUACUCUGAACGAGAUUUUCGACCUCCUCAAGUCUGGCGUUCAGUGGUAUGGGGCAUCGCCCCUGGUCAGGCUAUCCCAUGCCCGGCUUUGGGCAUCCUCCUGCCGUGAAUUCCAUCGUGCCCACACCGCACUGGAGGCCUAUGGUCAUGGCAUAUCGUCGCUUCCCGUCCUAGCCUCCCUCGACCUCACGCUCGAACAACGUCAGAACGUCCUCGUCCACGCGAAGGAUUUGUCAAAGGAUGCAGUCCAGUGUGCGCUCGAGCAAAAUGAACUCGAAACAGCGCUUGGCUUUCUCUCCACCGCACGGUCUGUGUUUUGGUCUCAAGCUCUCCAAUUCCGUGGGUCAUUCGACCGCCUCGACGCUCUCCAUCCGGACCUUGCAUCGGAACUCCGAUCAGUUACUCGCCAGCUGCAGAUCGCGACCGAACAACAUCCCCAAACUGGCCCAAUACUGUCCGCCAGUACCCCGCCACUCCGCCCGUACCUUCUUUCCCAACAGAGGGAAGAAAUCAUCGCAAAGAUCCGAGCCAUGGACGGCUUUCAUGAUUUCCUGCUUCCCCCUUCACCCAAAGUCCUCAAGACCGCAGCGCGCAAGGGACCUAUCGUCUUUCUGAAUGCGAGUAACUUCGGUUGCCAUGCUCUCAUUCUCAAGGAAGAUGGGACUCUUCACCGCCUUGCUUUGUUCGCAGACAUUAGGCUAUUGGCUUUCCUGGUAACUGCCAUUCGCCAGUUGGCUAGGGGCCUUGAAAUCGGUAUCCGAGCGCGAAGUGAAAUCGAUGGCUGUUUUGAGGGGCGAGAUCUUCGCUUGAAAGCAGUCCGAAAGAAGGAGAAUCCGGACUGGACCGUCGACGAUGACUUUAGAGUUGUCCUCGAGGUUCUGUGGGUGAUGAUAGGCCAACCAGUUGUUGACGCUCUCGAACUGAAGAAGACCCGAAUCCCGCCUAGAAUCUGGUGGUGUCCAACCGGCCUUUUCACGUUCCUUCCCAUCCAUGCUGCCGGGAUAUAUGCCCCCUCUCCUUCUUCAGAAUCCGAUUGCUUAUCCGAUUAUGUUGUAUCCUCCUAUUGCUCUGCUCCUCAGGACCUCAUCGCACCCCCGCCCGAACCCAACCCCGAUUUCAAGAUGCUGGUCGCUAUUGAACCUGAGCGACCUGAACCAGGUGCAUCGAGCCUCCCAUCGACCAAGCAAGAACUGGAGAAGAUCGAAUUACACAUCCCAGAAACGGACCGUCUGAUUACCCGCGUUGGGAAAAGGACAACCACUGGAAAAUCCGUUCUGGAAGACAUCAACGCUGCAUCCAUAGUCCAUUUUGGCUGUCAUGGGAUGCAAGACCCAUCCAAUCCAGUCUACAGCUGUCUUCUACUCAGCGAAGGGCGUUUAACGAUGUCGUCGCUCAUUCGGAAUUGCCAGACCUCGAUGGCGGCUCUUGCCUACCUGAGUGCGUGCGAGACUGCCAUGGGUGAUGACAAACGUCCGGAUGAGUCUCUCACUCUGGCUGCCACGAUGCAGUUUGCGGGCUUCCGUAGUGUGGUUGCUACGAUGUGGUCAAUCCACGACAACGACGCACCCAUCGUAGCCGACGCCUUUUAUCGCCAUCUCUUCCGCCACGGCACUGCUGCCCCGCCAGACAUCACCGACGCAGCAUAUGGACUGCAUCUUGCUGUGAAGGAGUUGCGGGAGAAGGGAACGUCUUUCCAUCGCUGGGUUCCUUUUGUUCACCAUGGCAUUUGA